AUGGUCAUGGUGGCGGAACCCCUCGCAUCUCUAGAUCGGCUCCAGUAUGGCGGCUGUUUGUGCGAAGCAGUCAAGUAUCAGGUCCAAGGUCCACCCUCCCUGAGAUACCUGUGCCACUGUCGAAAUUGUCAGAGAGCCACAGGAUCCACCUUCCAGGCAAACUGUUUUUUCGCUCGUGCGGGCUUUGAUGUGACUCAAGGCAAGGACAAGCUUUCGGUGUUCCAGUUCAAAGGCACGGGCUCUGGAAGCGACCAACGUCGCCAUUUCUGCACCCUCUGCGGCACCCCAUUGUUCAUCUUUCCCGGCAACAAGGAGGAGAUUGUGGUGGUGUAUGCGGGGACGCUCGAUGACUUCAACGACGACUUCGUGCCCACGCAGGAAUGCUGGGUCAAGCAGAGACGCAGCUGGGCCACAUGCGACUCAGUAACCACUUCAGGGCUUAUCAGUGGCGCCCAAGUUGACGUCGAUGUCGACUUCGGCACAAAUCGCCGCGUCGGACCUACCUCAUGGUCGAUCAUGGACGGGUGCAGGAGGGAGUGA